AUGCAACCUCCUGUGGUGAAUAUGACUGACUGCUCUUUGUUCUUACGUAUUUUUAAGCAAAGUAAAACAGCGGUUCGGAUGAAAGAAGAUAUGAAAAAGAUAGUGGCGGUACCAGUAGAUGAGCAGAGGGAUUCUACCUACACGAAGUUAUUUGGAGUCAGCCUCCAAGAACUUCACCAGCGGGGCCUCACUGAGAAUGGCAUUCCAACUAUAGUGCGGAGCAUAGUGGAGUACUUGGCACAGCAUGGUCUCACCCGGGAAGGCCUUUUUCGGGUGAAUGGUAGCGUGAAGGUGGUGGAACAACUUCGGCUGAAGUAUGAGAGCGGCAUGCCUGUAGAUCUUGGGAAAGACGGUGAUGUCUGCUCAGCAGCCAGCCUGUUGAAACUCUUCCUACGGGAGCUGCCAGAGAGAGUGAUCCCCUCAGCAUUACGUCCUCGGUUCCUUCAGCUGUUUCAGGUGACAACACGUGAACACGUGGCCAGGCCACAGGCUGCAGAUGUUAAGGAACCAGCUCUCUCAGAUAGUGUCCAGGCUAGGGGCGGUGUGGGCGGUGGCAUCGGGCUCCAUAGCGGGCAGGCGGGCGGCUCGGGGCACAGACCUGGGACUGCAGACAAAACAAAACAAAACUGUUCAGCAAGAAGAAAUCCACUGAACAUGAGUGCCCAAAGUCGUCCAGCACCAAAAGUCACCCUGCGGGCCCCAGUUGCAGAGGGUCUUAGGCAGGCCAGUGCCAGGAGGGCUCCAUCUCCCUCGGAGCACCUGGAAAGAGAUACUGCCUUCGUGGGAACCGAGGGAACUGUGGCUUGGCAGAAAACUGGCCCAUGGAUUGGAAAUCAGCAUGACACUGUUAGGAAGAAGGUUCCAGAAACCAGCAGUGCGGUGGGGAGAAGGUCCCUGGGCCCCUGGAGAGCGUGCCUCCAAUUCAGUGGAGGAGGCAAAGAAGGUGGAGAAGGAUGUAGGGUCAGGCCCCAGGCCACCGAUGGUAGCAUGGACACCCUGGAGACAGCCCAGCUAAAGGUGGAGACCAUGAAUGCCCAGGAGGACAGGGCCUACCUUUGGUCUCACACCUUUCUACAGGUGGGACCUCUUUUGAGGCCCGUGCCAAGUCCCAUAACUACCAGGCCACUGAAUUUUGUUUUGGUUGCUGUAGCCUCAGUUGGCUUCCUGGCCAAAGACUUCAAGGACUGCCUGUGGACCCAGGCCCCCUACCAGUGCAUGAGACACACACCUACUCACCCCAACUUUCCAGAAAUUGACUGGCUACCAGAUGGGUGGACUGGUGUGUGUGGCCAUGUGCUCAUUGUCGUCAUGCCGUGGUUACAGUCUUACCUUGCGAUUGCUCUCAGUAUUCUUAUACUGAGGAUUAUCCUCAGGAUUAUUGAAGGAGAGGGUGCAAUUAGAACAGAAAAAGAAGAUAUUAGGAAACAAGUGUCAUCCCUUUACUCCACGUCUUUAGAAUUUAAGUGGUACAAAGGCGAGACUCUAGAAGGUGUACCACCUGGACAUGAAGGCCUGAAAGAACAGGCCCUCUGCAACAAGAUAAUGGCUACAAUACUAGAAAAUUAUCAUAUACUGUUUGAAGUAGACUGCACAGAAAAUGACAACCACAGGGCUGAAAACCUGCAUAGGCUUAUCAUUGUAAAAGAGGCCAGUUGCAAGAACUCUCUACCCAUCAUUCUAACAAAAGACAUAGAAAGAGACAUGCAAAAACCAUCUCCAAGAUCUAAGAUCCCUAAGUCCAGGAGUGAAGGAUCUAUUCAGACUCACAGGGUACCACAACCCAAGUUAUCUGAUGGCAUUCCCCAAGUGAGCUUUUUGCUAAAUCUGAGAAGAUCCUGCUUGGAUGACUUGAAUUUAGCAGAGGAAGUCUGCGGUGCUAAGUUGUUAUCCAGUUCACAGGACGAUGAAAGACCUAUGUCACCUUUCUAUUUGAGUGCUCAUGUGUCACAAGUCAGCAGUGUUUCGACAACUGGAGAACUCUUAGAAAGAACCAUCCGGUCAGCUGUAGAACAGCAUCUUUUUGAUGUUAACAGUUCUGGAGGUCAAAGUUCAGAGGACUCAGAAACUGGAACAUCAUCAACAGCUUCCACAGCAUCUACUAGACAGCGAUGGCACCAGCCCAAGGAACAGGAUGAAAUUCGACGGUCCAAAGACAUGGGACGUGUCAACAAAGAAAAUAUUCCUUCUGGAUUCAGCAACCUUGAUGACUGUAUUUUGAAUGCUCAAGAAGUAGAAAAAUUACACGAAAAUAGUUCUGGUUAUAUUAGUGAAAGGAGCAACCCUAAACGUCAGAAAUCCAGUCCCAAACUUUCUGAGCUCAAUGAAAAUCAAGAUGGUCUUGUGAAUAUGGACAGUCUCAAUUCCACAUCAUAUCCUGAGAGUACUGGAACUGAUGAUGUUGAACUGAUGUCUGAUGAAAGCCAUGAAAAUGAAAAAGAUGGUGAACACCCCCAGCUAUAUGAGACCUCCACAAUGAAGAUUCAGGAGCAUCCCAGCUUACCUGACACCAAACUGCCUCCGAAUCAAGAUGCCGAAGACCAGCAGGAGAGCUUUGUCUCCGAAGUGCCCCAGUUGGACCUGACUGUUUUGUGUGAUGAGAAGAGCUGGGAAGAGCCUGUCCCUACUUUCUCGGCUUGGCAGCGGGAGAACAGCAACUCUGAGGAAGCCCACCUCUCCCCGCAGGCGGGGCGCCUGAUUAGUCAGCUCCUGGAGGAAGACAGCGACCCCAUGCUCUCUCCACGGUUCUAUGCUUAUGGCCAGAGUAGGCAAUACCUGGAUGACACAGAAGUGCCUCCUUCUCCCCCCAAUUCUCAUUCUUUCAUGAGGCAAAGGAGCUCCUCUCUGGGUUCCUACAACGAUGAGCAAGAGGACCUGACACCUGCCCAGCUCACACGGAGGAUUCAGAGCCUGAAAAAGAAGAUCCGAAAGUUUGAAGAUCGAUUUGAAGAAGAGAGGAAGUACAGACCUUCCCACAGUGACAAAGCAGCCAAUACUGAGGUUCUGCGAUGGACAAAUGACCUUGCCAAAUUCCGGAAACAGCUUAAAGAGUCAAAACUUAAGAUAUCUGAAGAGGACCUGACCCCCAGGAUGCGGCAGCGGAGUAAUACGCUCCCUAAGAGUUUUGGCUCCCAACUUGAGAAAGAAGAUGAGAAGAAGCAAGAACUGAUAGAUAAAGCUAUCAAGCCUAGUGUUGAAAUCACCCUGGAAUCCAUCCAGAGGAAGCUCCAGGAGAAGCGGGCAGAAACCAGCCGUCCAGAUGACAUUAAGGAUAUGACCAAAGACCAGAUUGCUAACGAGAAAGUGGCCCUGCAAAAAGCACUGUUAUAUUAUGAAAGUAUCCACGGACGGCCGGUAACCAAGAAUGAGCGUCAGGUGAUGAAACCACUAUAUGACCGAUACCGGCUGGUCAAGCAGAUCCUGUCCCGAGCCAACACCAUACCCAUCAUUGGCUCUCCCUCCAGCAAGAGGAGAAGUCCUUUGCUGCAGCCAAUCAUCGAGGGCGAAACAGCAUCCUUCAUCAAGGAGAUAAAGGAAGAAGAGGAAGGUUCAGAAGAUGACACCAACACAAAGCCGGACUUCAUGGUCACCCUGAAAACUGAUUUCAGUGAACGUUGCUUUCUGGACCAAUUCGAAGAUGAUGCUGAUGGGUUUAUUUCCCCAAUGGAUGAUAAAGUGCCAUCAAAGUGCAACCAGGACACAGGGCUUUCUAAUCUCCAUGCUGCUUCGAUACCUGAACUCUUGGAACACCUUCAGGAAAUGAGAGAAGAAAAGAAACAAAUUAGGAAGAAACUUCGUGACUUUGAAGACAACUUUUUCAGACAAAAUGGAAGAAAUGUCCAGAAGGAGGACCGCACUCCUAUGGCUGCAGAAUACAACGAAUACAAGCACAUAAAGGCAAAACUAAGGCUCUUAGAGGUGCUCAUCAGCAAGAGAGACACUGAUUCCAAAUCCAUGUAA